CGAUGCUCUUUAGAUUACUCCGAUUUGCACUCUCUUGCUGGAAUUUUGAUGUUCCUUUUCUCUAAUAUGUCAUAACUUCGGAUAGCUUGAGCCACACCAAAAACAUGGCAAAAAAGAAGAAUCCACAGGUUUUUAUGGAUGUAUCCAUUGAUGGAGACCCAGCUGAGACUAUGGUUUUUGAGCUUUUCCCUGAAGUCGCUCCCAAAACAUCAGAGAAUUUCCGUGCACUAUGCACAGGGGAGAAAGGCAUUGGACCCAGAAGUGGAAAACCUUUGCAUUACAAAGGAUCCUUUUUCCAUAGAAUACUGCAAGGUUCCUCAGCACAGGCUGGUGACUUUGUGAAUCGAGAUGGUACUGCUGGGGAAAGCAUAUAUGCCGGAAAAUUUCCAGAUGAGUCACCAAAACUAAGGCAUGAAGAGCCUGGUCUUUUAUCAAUGUCUGUUGCUGACCGUGACAAGUUCGGAUCACACUUUCAUAUUACCUUCAGGCCAAAUCAGCAGCUUGAUAGAAAUAAUGUUGUUUUCGGAAAGCUAAUUCAAGGGAAAGAGUUACUAAAAAAAAUUGAACGUGUGGGUGAUGAGGAAGGUAAACCUACUGUCAUCGUGAAGAUAAUCCGUUGUGGAGAAUACUCUGGAGAUAAGAAGAAAAGUGACAGUCGAAAAAAUGCAAAGCACAAGAAGUCUAUAAGAGAGAGAAGAAAGAAGAGGCGAAGACACUCUUCAUCUGAGUCUGAGAGCUCUUCAGAUUCUGAGGCAGAUUCCUCAGAAUCUGAUAGCGAGUCAGAUUCAGAUUUGUCUUCACCUUCCGACCUUAGUUCCCCGAGCCAUGAAAGGCAGAAGAAGAGAAAAAGAAGUUCAAAGAAAGACAAGCACAGGCGGUCUAAACGGAGAGAUAAGCGCCAUGAGCAAAAGCGGAGGAUGCAUGAUAAGAGAUCGAAACGCAAAUCAAGAAGGUCCCCAGACAGUCUUACAGGUGAAGACAGUAAUAGUGGAAGUGAAGCAAGUCUUAGUGAUGCCAAUGUUGAAAUUGGAGCAAAAAAGAGGAAACCCAGAGUCUCUCGUAGAACAGGUAAUUCUGCACCAGCGGUGGAAAAAGGAGCUGAACCACUUCACCAGGGCAAAAGGGAGGGACCAGAUUUGCUUGAAAACAGAGGGCUGAGAAGUAAUGGAAUUUCAGAUGCUGCGUCAGAACAGAUUUCUGAUAGGCAACCUGAUAUUGUUGAUGAUCAUCCUAGUAAAUCUAGGAGCCGGAGUUUGAGUCCUAAGAGGACAGUGAGUAAGAGUAUGAGUGUUAGUCCCCGGAGGAGUCAGAGUAAGAGCCCGAGUUCAAGUCCUAGACGGAAUGGAGGCAGAAGUCCUGCUAAAGGUAUCCGCCAAGUGAAGAACUUGACAAACAUUAGAAGAGAAAGCCCAGGGAGUGAGGAAAAGGGCAGGCAUGUUAGAAGGAGCCCAACCAAAAGUGUUAGUAGAAGUCCAGUGCGGAUGAAAAGGGAAAGAGAUAUUAGUAGAAGUCCAGUGCGGGAAAGAGAUAUUAGUAGAAGUCCUUCAAAGAGUUUAAGCAGAAGUCCAUUGAGGGGCCCCAAAAGGGUCAUCAGCAGAAGUCCAGUGAGAGGUAGGAUUGCCAGAAGCCCUAGCAGGAGUCCUGUAAGAUCUGCAUCUCGUGGAAGCCUUGGGAGGGGCCCACUAAGAAGAUCAUCAAGAAGGUCAUCUAGCAGAACUCCAGCUCGAUCUUCUAGAAGAAGCCUGAGCCGGAGUCCCAUUCGAUUAUCAAGAAGAAGCCCGAGCGGGAGUCCUAUUCGAUUAUCUAGAAGAAGCCUGAGCCGUAGUCCCAUUCAAUUAUCUAGAAGAAGCCUAAGCCGGAGUCCCAUUCGAUCACCUAGGAGAUCAUUGAGCAGGAGUCCAGUCCGAUUAUCUAGGAAGAGUGUGAGCAGGAGUCCGGUUCGUUCAUCCAGGAGAAGUAUCAGCAGGAGUCCAGUCCGAUCAUCUAGGAAGAGUGUGAGCAGGAGUCCUAUUCGAUUGUCCAGGAGAAGUAACAGCAGGAGUCCAGUUAGAGGAAGAAGAAGAAUUAGCAGAAGUCCAGUUCCGGCGAGGAGAAGGAGUGCACGGCCUAGAUCUCCUCCUUGUGAUCGUAUAAGAAGUUUGUCAAGAAGUGCUUCUCCUGAUGGGCGCAUAAGGAGAGGGAGAGGAUUUAGCCAGAGAUUCUCAUACGCCCGUAGAUACAGAACUAGUCGAUCUCCUUAUCGCUUUAGUGAUAGGGGCGACCGUGACAGAUUUCGAAGUCACAGAAGGUUCUCGCCAAGACGGUUUAGAAGCCCACUAAGAGGAAGAACACCUCCAAGGUAUAGAAGAAGAAGCCGCUCUGUAUCGCCUGGUCCCCGUUAUCGCAACAGGCGGUACAGCCGCAGCCGCAGCCCUAUCCGUAGCCGAUCUCCACCUUACAGAAAGAGAAGGUCGCCAUCUGCUAGCUACAGCCCGAGUCCAUCGAGAUCAAGAUCAAAAUCAUAUUCAAAAUCUCCCAUUGGGUCGGGGAAAGCAAGAUCAGUGUCAAGAUCACCAUCCAAGGCAAGGUCUCCAUCGAAGUCGGAUUCGACAUCCUCGGACAAUAGCUCAGGUGGGAAAAAGGGAUUAGUAGCGUAUGAUUAAUGAAUAAUGACCCUUAAGUUAAGUGUUUGUUAUUUUACUGAGAAGAGAUGGUAAAGAGAGUAAGUAGUUUACUUUUGUAAAACUUAUGCAUUGUCUUCUGCGUAUGUUUGAUGAUGCUCCAACAUUGUUAUAACUUUCUGUUGAUGUUUGCCGACAUUUUUUUUUGUUUCCAUUUGCCGACAAAUGUUAACUUCCAUA